AUGACACUGGGAGACGACGACGCUAUGGAAGAAUUACCUUCACAAAAAAGGUAUAAGGAGGCGGAUAAGAAGACUUGUUCCCAAGUGGUCAGUAGAGGGGAUGGGGGAGCGAUGCCAUGUAACCAGGAAUUAUGGACGACUGUGAAAGGAGCAUUAGAAGUGAUCCAUGCUUAUAAUGAGGAAUUAAGCAAUAAAAUUGUACAAAACUGUUCUUAUGCAUGCGCAGGAGGGAGUGGCAGUGGGGACCCAUCUUAUUAUGAUCGUUGUAAAUUUCUCUAUUAUUGGUUGGGUACUAAAAUUAAGGAGACGGGAAAAGUUAAGACGGACACCACAUUUCAGACUGUUAUGAGCGCAAUUUAUAAACAUCAGAGGAGUACCCAUUUCUGGAACAGUUGCAAGAACCAUUGUACUCUUGUGUACCCUCAUAUUACCGAUGACCUCUUCCAAAAUAGUAAAAUACUACAUGAUUAUGAAUAUGACUACAACAAACUGAAAGAUGACAAAGAAGGGAAAGGAGAAUGUCACAAAUAUUGCAAUAAUAACCAAUGUGAGGUCCCUUCCGAAGCAGCUAAGUCAGCAUAUGCAAAAGUGAAGGGAAUAUGUCAAUCCCUCUCCGGGGACGCAUAUUGUGACGAAUUUGAUAAGCAAUAUAAGAAAGAAGGAACAAAGUAUGAGGAAGAACUACCACAACUAACAUGCCCUACGGAACCGUCUGAAGACGAAGAAGAAGAUGAGGACUAUAUAGGACUUGGCUCCUGUUCAGGGGAAGAGGACGGAGACGAAGGAGAUAUCUCCUCCUGUGCAACAAUAAAAACAAAAUCACCAAAAAAAGUACCUGCAAAAAAACUAACGAAGCAAAAUUUAGAAGUGCUAACCUCAAGAGUAAAGUAUUAUGAUAAUUUUAAGGGUGGUGGCAAUUAUUGCUAUUAUUGUCCUUUCCCCAGAAAAGAAAUAAGGGAAGCAAUAAAAGAAUAUUUUACGGACGACAAAUAUGCAACUGUAAUUGCAAAUGCAUUAUGUUAUGUUUCUACAAAGGAAAAAGAAGAAAGAGAGACGGAAGAAUUGAAAAAAUUGAGAAAAGCAGAAGAAGAGGAGGAAGAGGCAGAGGACGGAACUGACGAACCAGACAAUGGUAAACGUUGUAAAUUUUUCAAUUUUUGGUUAGGGUAUUUAUUACAUAAAAAGUUAAGGGAACCUGCUACUACUUCGUUUUCCACUGUAAUAGAAGCAAUUAAUGACAUCCUUAAUGGUAUUAAGGAGGGGCAUAAAUGUACGCUCUUAGGAACAGACCCUACCCUGAACAAAGACGACCUUAGCGAAGACGACUUCAUGACUUUCAACCAUAGAAGAAUAGUAUUUGAAUAUUCUAUCGACCAUAAGAGGAUAGAACAGGAUUUAGGCCUCUCUGCUCCAGGCCCUAAACUUCCCAAACCUCCUAAAUCUACAACUCCUUCUUGCAGUAAGAAGUAUAACGAACACCUACAGAACAUUAAAACAGGAUGUCGUGCUAUGAAUACGUCUUGCAACACAAGUACACCUAAUGCUGAUGACUAUUGUAGUGAAUUUAAAAAAAACUAUGAAAGUUUCUGUAAGGAGGAAAAAAUUUCGCUCUUAGAAUGUCCUGAAGUGGCUGAUGUAGGUGGGAAGGAGGAGGUGGAAGGAGGGGGGGAGGAAGAUCUCCUCCUUCCUUCCUCUUCCUCCCUCUCUAAGGUUAAUGAGCUGCCUCCUGACGACCCAACUGGUAGUUGCACUGAACAGUUGAGUGGGGGGACAACCACGACCAACACCACCCCCACUACUACCGUCGUAUCUUCCAUACUUGCCGCAGUAGGGUUGCCUGCUAUUUCUGCCCUUCUAUAUAAGUAUACUUCCGUACCAUCUUUGUUACGUACACAAUUUGAGGGAGGAGGAGGAAGGAACCAUAACAGCAGUGUAAGAAACAUUAGAAAGAGAACAACAACGACUUCAGUUGAAAGGGACUUUGACGACGACACAUCAAUAAUAGGAGGUUCAACAACAGAGUAUGAUUCAACAAUAGGUGACUCUUCCACAGUAUAUUCUAUCCCAUACAAUAGAUAA